GCGCUAGAGCGGUCGCGGCACCCUAUUUCCGGGGGGGGUUGCGCGAGGACUGAUGGGAAUAUCCAUCUGUCCAGGAAGAGUCUGGGGCUGAAGUGGCCCGGCGCAGGGGGGAGGGGGAGCCCAGCCCUGGGCAGGAGGCCAUAGACAAAACAGACUAAACAGUGAACAUGGCCUUCUACAGCUGUAACAUAUUCCUUGCAGUGGCUCGGUCCAGGGGACCUCAUCUGCUUGUACACUCCAGCUGCUUCCCAUUCUCCCCAUCAGUUAUAUUUGCCCAGUUGGUGGAUCCCCACCUUAACCGAGCAUCCCUGAAGGACUCUGAGAGCCAGCAGCUACUCCACAGUGCACAGCAGGGAAUCGGCUUAUCUCACUUGCUAACUAAGCCCAUGCGGAGGCUUCACACAUCGGCUUACUGGCACCAAGAGCUUCAGGACAAACCUCCACCUAAUCAAAGUACUGUAACAAAGGACACUGAGCUGGCCAAGGUUCCAGCGGACCCAGCUACAGAGACUGCCAGGAGAUCAUUACGCCAGAGGAUUCUAGAUGAACUGACGCAUUAUUACAAUGGAUUCCAUUUGCUUUGGAUUGACACAAAAGUUGCUGCUAGGAUGAUGUGGAGGCUGUUACAUGGGCAAGUCCUCACUCGGAGGGAAAGGCGAAGGCUGAUGAGAACGUCUGCUGAUCUCUUCCGGCUGGUUCCCUUUUUGGUGUUCAUCAUUGUGCCCUUCAUGGAAUUUCUGUUACCUGUAUUUCUGAAACUGUUUCCUGAGAUGCUGCCUUCAACCUUUGAAACCGAAUCUAAAAAGGAAGAAAAACAGAGAAAGAAGCUGAGUGCAAAGUUGGAACUAGCCAAAUUCCUGCAGGAGACCAUUGCAGAGCUGGCCAGAAGGAACAAAGCCAGUACAGGAGAAGCCACCAAGCAAUUCUCUUCUUAUGUUCAACAGGUUCGGCAUAGUGGCCAACAGCCCAGCACCCAGGAGAUUGUGCGGUUUUCCAAGCUCUUUGAGGAUGAGCUAACCCUGGAACACUUGGAACGGCCGCAGCUGGUAGUCCUCUGCAAACUGCUUGAACUGCAGCCCAUUGGCACCAAUAACCUCCUCCGCUUCCAGCUUUUGAUGAAGCUCAGGUCUAUCAAAGCAGAUGACGAAAUGAUUGCCAAGGAAGGUGUUAACGGCUUGAGCGUGUCUGAGCUGCAAAGCGCGUGCAGGGCAAGAGGAAUGAGGUCGCUGGGCCUCACAGAAGAGCAGCUGAAAGACCAACUCAAACAGUGGCUAGAUCUGCAUCUAAAAGAAAACGUUCCUCCUUCUCUGUUGCUGCUUUCCCGUGCCUUAUAUUUGACCGACGUGAAGCCCCCACCAGUUCCUGUGAAUCCAGUUGAGCCUCUGAAGAAUGAGGGUGAUGUGGAAAUAGAUGAAGAGGAUCAUGAGACCUUGUUGGAUUCUGCACCCGUAGUACAGGAAAGAAAGAGUGAAGAAUUUAUAUUGCAACCGGCAGAGAAAAUGCCAGUACCUGAGGUGUCAGUCAAGCCUCCUGCAGGAGAGACAAAAAUAGAAGCCUCUCGGAGCAGCAAAGCCAGCGCUAAUGGAGUCUAGCUGUUCUCCAGCAAAGAUUUGGGCAUUCCAGGAAGAAAAACUCCAUUCUCUGAACUUGGCAGUUUUAUAGACUGGCUCCAUCUGAUGCACAGUCCCUGCCCCCCUCCCUUUGAUCUGAUCCGGGUGAUUUUUCUUUGCCUCUAGGCCAGGCAAAAAAGGACCUUGCAUAUAGCACCAGCCUCUCAUUCAUUCUAUCCUCUGUGGUUUAACUUAUUUUGCUGUAAAUGUGUACAUAAACUAUGACUGGGACAAGCUGUAACUUAUGCAACAUUGUCAGAUGUUAAGAUUUGUAUUUCUUAAAAUUUUAGUAAAGCAGUGAUUUAUUACUACUUUUUCCCAAACAGCUGACUAGCAUCAAAGGGGUGGAACAAAUGCUUUUUUGGGUGGACAUUGUAGAAUUCUGGCCAUUCCAAUACCGAAGCUGGCAUACUUGGACUUUAGACUGACUUACAGCCUGAUCCUAAACAUGUUUACUUAAAGAAAGUAAGCUCUGGAUGAUUCUCUUCCAAAUAAGCAAGGUUAGGAUUGCGGCUCUAGCCUCACUGAAAUCAUUGGGAUGAGUAACUUGAUCAGGUGCUGCUGCAAUGGCAUCAGUGAUCCCCUUUAAUACACGUUGUGUGGGCCCCUUAAAAGUUCUGUCCCAUUUGUCACAGCAAUGCAUACAGAACGGGGUCGGCAGCAUAGUGCCUUCCAAAUGUUGCUGAACUCCAAAUCCCAACAGCCCCAGCCAGCACAGCCAAUGGCCAAGGAUGAUGGGAGCUGUAGUAGUCCAACAUCAUUUGGAGGGCACCACAUUGCCUACCCCUGAUACAGAGCCUUGCUACUUUCCCUCACCACUACAAUUUGUGAGAAAAGCGUCACUCCAACAACUUCUAACAUGUUGCACAAGGGGCCAACAUCACAGUAGGCACAGGACCGGGACAUAAAUUGGUUUAAAUAGUAAGAAUUUCAGCUAAAGUAUGGAUUAAGUUGUAAAUAUAAGACGAGCCAAUAACUAUUAGUAGUAAUUUUGUUAUCUACUUUAAUUGAAUUUUGGGAGUUGGGUUAACCUACGAGAUAUGGAUAUCAGACUUGACUUCUAGAAAGCAGAGAAGAGUUUGAAAACUCUUUUCUGAUCAGUCUAAGAAAGGUCUGCAUGCUUCUCCUAGGUGUGCCCAGCGUUAAGGGUAAGUUAAAGGUACUGUAGUCCAAAAAAGGUCAGUUUAGCAUGUUUUCCAGCAUAGCUGCAGCUGGGCAACCAGGCAGCCUCUAGCUAAGUAGCAAACAACCAAAAUCUGAGAUUUCACUUCUCAAGUACCCCAAAACAAAUAUUCUAUUUUAAUAUUUAUUAAGUUUCUAUGUUUGUCCUUGAAAUAUACCCUCCUGAUAGAUGUGCUAGAGGACAAGAGGACAUAAGCUUUUCUCUUCUGUAUUUUUCAGAUUCCUGAGUUAUUUUCCGUGAAAAAAAAACUUUUCUCUGGGCAUAUUUUAUUUGACUUUGUUGUUGUAACAUGAUUUAUCUGUUUGCACAGAAAGGACUAGUUUUGUAAGCCAGACAAAUCUCAUGGAGCAGUCAGUUAGCUGGUGAGAGCCCAGGCAAUCCUUUGAGCUUACAGCUCCAGCCUCUUUUUUCUUUUUUUUAAACAAAGCACAAGAGUGUAGCGAAAGACCAUUCUGUUCUCAUUUAGAGAUUUCAUCUGUUUGGUGUGCUGCACAUGUUAACAUUCAUUCAUCAUACCUGAAGAGUCUUGCUGGAGGGCUCUGCUUGGACAGUCGUCCAAUAAACAGCCGUGCUGCUCCAUUGCGUGUCCUGAUUUUGUUUAAUUGAACAAGGGCAGCCUUCCCCAACCCAAUGCCAGCUGGGUAAUUUGGACUACAAUUACCAUCGACCCCAACCAACAUGGCUGGGCUGAUGGUCCAGUGCCCUCAGUGACUGGCUGAUGUGCUGGGCCAGCAUCUACAUAGCCUGCUUCUACCUGAUAACAUAAGAGUGUCAUUAGGGAAAGGGUAUAAAAAGAAGCAUUGUUCUCCAUAGUGUACAAAAAUUCCUUUUGUCUCUGUUAUCCCUUCAUAAACAAGUUUAAAAAAAGCACAACAAAAACCUGCAGGCUACAAUGGUUCUUGUAUACCACCAAUAAUAAACAUAGGCUCACAGCCCACACAAACACUGCUAUGCAUAAUGUAAUGCUUAAUACAGGUUAGAACAGUGGUUCCCAUGGAUCACUUGAAAAGUUGCUGAGGUCUGAGCAGAUUGCUUAAUGUUUUUUCUGCCUAUAGUAGCAAUUGUAUCAUCAUCAUCAUCAUCA